UGUUUUUGUAAUUGUUUACUAGCAAGAGUACGUACUCUUGGUAGUAGAGAUAUAUGAUCUCUCAUUCAACAGAGGUAGGCUAGACUAGAGACAUAAUAGAAGCUGCUUACAAACGCAGCAAGGAAAUCAAGUCGCUAAGGUUAGCUUUUGGGCGAUAAAUGUUGAGGCUUACCAAAGCCAUGCAAGUCACAAGGUCAAACUUCCGCAGCUCGCUGGAGUCUGUCUAUGAUUCCAUCAACGGAGCCGACUUGCUGGCGUUUGAUACUGAGCUAACUGGCUUGUUAACAGGAGAUCAAAAGGAGGACUUCCUAGACUCUGUGCCUACUCGAUACACUAAGCUGCUGAAGGGCUCAGAUCCGUUCAUUAUUACACAGUUUGGUCUGUGUACGUUCACAUGGUGUAACAGCACAUUAAGGUAUGAAGCGAAGCCGUUCAAUUUCUUCACGUUCCCCUCCACCCUCCGUGGCAUUCAACGGGACAGGUGGUUCGUCUGUCAGAGUACUUCUAUAGAGUUCUUGUGCGCCAACAACUUUGAUUUCAACAAGGUUUUCCGCGAGGGCAUUUCCUACCUUCGGCAAGAAGAGGAGAAGACCUUCCGUGACAAUCUAACAAAGACAAAAAACAUAUUGGCAGUGGCGCCUAAAAUCGACGUGCCUGAAGAUCAGAAAGAGUUUAUGGAUGGCAUUGUCUCGCGAAUGACUGCGUUUCAAAGCGGGGACGGUGGUUUAAUGCUGGAUCUCCCUCCUUGUAACGGAUUUCAGAGAAAGCUCAUCUUUCAGCAGAAGGACGCGUUCCCCGGUCUGCAUAUGCACUCUGAGCAGAAUGAGAAGAACGAGCGCUUUAUUCGGUGUGUUCGUCUGGUCGGCGAUCCUAAAACAGCAGCAGACAAGCUAGCAGAAGAGAAAGAGAAGGAGGCUAUUGAGAAUGCUGUGGGUGUGAGUCUGGUCUUCAAAGCCAUGAUGGAUUCGGGUAAGCUCAUUGUUGGACACAACAUGAUGCUGGACGUCAUUCAUAGUCUGCGGCAGUUUCAUUGCAAGCUUCCUGAGGAAUUUCCUGAGUUCCAGAAACUAGUUGUGCAAAGCAUGCCCAGACUUGUGGACAACAAGCUAUUAGCCAAGCACGACAAGUACCAGACUGUUUUCGACAAGACGCAUCUUGGCAAUGUCUUUACAACAGCCCAGUCCGGCCGCUUCCGCCAACCCGCCAUUGCCGUGCACAAAGACAUCCAGCAGACAGAGCAGGCACAUGAUGCUGCUUACGAUGCGUACAUGACCGGCUUCUCGUUCCUGCGCCUGUUGAGAGGUCUUGAAGAUGGACCUAUUGCUACUGGUCCAGUCGACCUGUCAUCAGAGCAUGUCGACAAACUAAUGCACAAGGUCAACAUGAUGCAGUCGUUCGAUGUGCCCUUCAUAGACCUUGCUCAGGAGAAUGUUGAACCCAAGCGGCCUAACAUCAUGGUGAUGACGUUCCCCAAGGAGUGGGACUUCAAGGCCAUCAUGUCAUUCUUCACCUCACAUGAGUCUGCUGUUCCCAACCAGUUGAAAUGGAUUAAUGACACAUCGGCUUAUGUUUGUUUCAACACCGUUGUCAAUGUCAGUUUAGUGAUAGCUGAACUGUCCAAGGCUGCAUCCGCUGAAGGCGUUGAAUUUAUUCCCGUCGAUGCCUCUGGUCACGGGCCCACCAUUCCGCAGAAACGAAAAUCAUCAACUUCCCCAGAUGCGCCUGCGGCUGACUUGAAGAAGCAGCGAUCAGAAGAUCUUACGGUCUUGGAGCCUGCUGACCCAGUCUAAGCGACACCGCGUUGACCACUGCUCACCUGCUCGCGUGGCUGCUCUUGUCAAGUCGCUGCCCGCGCACUGAUCUCGUACAUGAUUGUACUACCCGUCGAGUAGAUGAUAUUACCAGCGUCCGCUGCAAGUGUUUCGUAGCGCAUCGCUCCCUUUGACAUGCGACGCGACUCCUAUAUGCACGUUGCCGCCCCGUCCAACGUACGUACGUUGUUGCUGGAGACACCAAACUAUCCCUGCUCCCUAAACUUCUCCUUGACCUUGUAGGCAGUCAGCUGCACUGUCAUGCUGUGCUGCGUGGCUCGGUUCAUUUCGAUGCCAAUGGCCCGUCGCUGGGCUUGCCUACACACCGAUCAUGGAUAGGUAGUGAGUACCGUGCCAUGCCGGAUUGCGUGUGGGACAUCAUGUGCGACUGAACAGCAUUACCAUGUGAACAGCAUUGUGAUGUGGAUACAAACUGUACGCACCACUGUGACUGCACUCCCGGAUAUCUAACUGUGCUUGGAGCUCUUAGGCAGUUGAAUUUAUAAUAUGCUUCACACUGACCUGGCCUGACUAACUUCUCUGUGUUGCGUGGCAGUCGUUUUCCACUGUCCAUUUGACGCCGUGCCGUUGUUGCUUCGCUUUCCGUUUCUUUAUUUUUUUAUUUGUUUGUCCCAAACGGGUUUAGCCUAGUUUUCCUAUGGGAUCUUGAUGUCGACACAAGGCACGUCUCGACCCUGUUGCCACUUUCUGUAGAUUCACUAAAUGUUUAUAGCUUUCAGUUCAGUCUGCUCGUGUAUUUUGUGUGAUAUUGAGAGUGGCCGAAACUCCGAAA